UCUCCGCGCCACCAGCCCUCGCUCUGCUCGGGCUUAACGACAUUAGUGAUGAUGGCAUUCGUGCAGAAGUAUUCACGCACGAGCAAGUGUUUGAUUUGCUGUUAAAGACAACAAAAGGAAGCGGAAUGUGUCUUGGAUAUGUGAUUAACAAUUUAAAUGGGAAAAAACCCAUUCGGUAAGGCAACGACACGCCGAGCGCACGGACAUCAUCAGUAGGCUUGACCUCUCCGAAAGCCAACACGAUUCAAUUAUACAUUAUACAAGAAAAGAAGACUAAGAAGAAAAAAAACAACAAGACGCAAACGCAUCUACCUGAAAUGCUUAAGAACAAGUUGAUCGAUUAAAAGUAGAGACUCUCUUGUUCGCCCUUCGUGAUACAGGUGGGCGGAGGAGGAGCCGUGAUUUCCGUGUGGUGGGGGAUAAGAGGACAAGGGAGGAAUAACGAAGAAGAGGAAGGCACAGCCAACAACAAAAAAAAGGUAUAAAGGGAGUCACAGCGAGUGAUUUUGGAAUCUAUUGUGCGUUCGCUAUUCAGGAAACAGGUUCCGCACCACGGACAAGUGCCUUUUUGUAUUUGUAUUCCGAACACACAUACACAUAAACAUGAAGACCCUUGCGCUGAUCUUCACGCUUAUUUUGGCGGCCCAAUGCCAAGAUGCGACGACUACUACCACCUUGCCGGAGACGACGAUGGAAGUAACGACAGCACUCCAACCCAUUGCCGAGGUGAAGAACAAAACGCUCUCGGAAUUGGUGAAGGAGCAGACGGAGACAAUCAAGAAAAUCCUAUUGGAAAAUAAGCAGUACCCGGAGAUGAAAGAGAAAGCGCCCAGCAAGGUGCUCACGAAGCAGGAGAAGGAAAAGCAAUCCAUCGAGGAGUUGCGUUUGAAAUGCAUGAACUUCUUCAAGCUGGGCUUCGGAGGAAGCACGACGACGACAACGCCGAAACCGAUCCAAACCAUAAUUCCGUUCGGGCCUGUAAUGAAGCCCGAAUUUCUGAGACCGAAACCCGUGGAGAACGGGAAUUUCUUCUACAUCGCGCAUCAACCAGCGGAUGUCUUCGGCUACAGAACCAACAAUAAAUUGGGCGAAAGAUUGGAACCAUCUGCGAGCGAAAUCAACGAAGAGUUCACCGAGAAACCGUUCACCACCAUCUCCCCAGUCAUGGAUGAAACAGCUACGAACGUCGAGAAAUUCGAAGCCGUCACCGGAGCCACCCCCAAUCAAAAGUACAAGUACGUCAAACUGGAGCCUCUGGUCUUGCAGAAAACUAUGUUAACCAAUGGUAAGACCUACUUUUACUGGUACAAACCAUUGCCCAGCACUCAGAGUUUCGUCCAGAUCCCCGACAUUCCCGAAAACGAGAACGUCGAAACCGUCGCCCAACCCCAGAGUCAAUCCAACCAGGUUCCUCUUCCAGCCCAAUACCAAUACUACCUAGACCCGAAGACCGGAUCGAUCAUCCGCAACUCGAAGCCACCCCAGCCGACAACCACAGAAACCCCGAAAGAAUCCUACAAUCCAGCACCAAAAUUCUACAUUAACCCGCAAACCGGAAUGAUCUACCAGCACGCCAACCCGCAAAUCGUCCAGCAACAACAAAUCGAAACGCAAACCGAGAAAGUCCCCGAUUACACAAUAACCUACCAACAAACCGAAGCGGAAACCCCGAAACCACAAGUCCGUUACAUGAUUCCCAUGCUCCUUGCCACCAAGGAAGAUCUGGCUAAACUUCAAAACAAUCCCAAGAACCAAUUCAUGUUUUUCCCGAGCUACCCCAAAGCUGCGGACGCUUGAAACUCGUAGUUAAUUAAAAACCGUAGUCAAUCAGAAGACUGACUUAAAUUUUAAGUAGUUAUUUGUACAUUCUUAUUAACUAUAGCUCCGAUCACAAAACUUGAACGAAUCGGAGAUGCUUUCGCAAAUAGCUUUAAGACGAACGAGUCUCUUGACGACUUUAAUUUAUUGCAU